UUUGAGUUCUCUUUUUCACAGACUCUAGGGGAUCCCACAAAUCCAACGAAAGAUUUUAUCUUUCGUGCAUUUUCAGAUUGACAGUGUCUUUCAACUUUUAACUUGUGCAGCUUCCUUUCUUAGGACCCCUACUAUAAAUGCCCCCAUUUCUCUGCCUAAACCAUUCAGUAUCAAUAAUGCUUAGCCUUCCCUGCCCCGUAUAAUUAAAUCAUCCUUCUCCCUCCUCCUUUCUCUCUGUUUUGUUUGUGAAUGCAAACUGGUUUUUUCAAACCUGUUAACUAAAUAUUUUCUCUGCUUUGAACUGUGCCUUUUCCAUCUAAGAUGGCUGAAAACUCUGCCACCACCGAACUUCGCCAACUUCAAGCCUUUGACAUUGAAGAUUCCAGAGAUGAUGUGAAUUCGCAAUCUCCAUACAAAUGCUACGACGACGAUGGCCGUCCUAAACGAACUGGAACUGUUUGGACUGCAAGUUCGCACAUUAUAACGGCUGUGAUAGGAUCAGGAGUUCUGUCCUUAGCAUGGGCUAUAGCUCAAUUGGGUUGGAUUGCUGGUCCUACGGUGAUGCUUUUGUUCUCCGUGGUCACUUUCUUCACUUCAUCGUUGCUAGCAGAUUGUUACCGUGUAGGGGAUCCUGAUACUGGAAAGAGGAACUAUAGUUACCCCGACGCAGUUCGCUCCAUUCUGGGAGGAGUGAAUGUGAAGCUGAUUGGGAUAAUUCAGUACCUGAAUCUUUUCGGGAUUACUAUAGGCUACACUAUAGCAGCUGCCAUAAGCAUGAUGUCAAUAAAAAGAUCUAAUUGUUUCCAUUCUUCGAGAGGAAAAAAUCCAUGCCACAUGUCAACCACCCCAUUCAUAAUCAUUUUUGGGGCAACUCAAUGUUUCCUAUCUCAGAUUCCAGACUUCGAUCAGAUUUGGUGGCUUUCCAUAGUUGCUGCAUUCAUGUCAGCCACCUAUUCUCUGAUUGGUCUUGUUCUUGGGAUCGUUAAGGUUGCAGAAACGGGUGAAUUCAAGGGAAGCCUCACGGGAGUGAGCAUCGGAACUGUAACUCAGGCCCAGAAAAUAUGGAGGACCUGCCAAGCCCUUGGUGACAUAGCCUUUGCCUACACAUUCUCUGUUGUCCUCAUUGAAAUUCAGGACACCAUAAAAUCUCCACCAUCGGAAGCAAAGACAAUGAAGAAGGCUACACUGAUUAGUACUAUCAUAACCACAACGUUCUACAUGCUUUGUGGCCUCAUGGGCUAUGCAGCUUUUGGAGACAUGGCACCUGGGAAUCUGCUAACUGGUUUUGGUUUCGACAACACAUAUUGGCUCAUAGACAUCGCUAAUGCUGCUGUAGUGAUUCACCUGGUAGGAGCAUACCAAGUGUUUUCCCAACCUAUCUUCGCUUUCAUUGAGAAGAAAGCAUCACAAAGAUGUCCCAGAAUCAAGAAAGAGUUCCGAAUUCGAAUCCCUGGUUUCUCCCCAUACAAUCUCAGCCUGUUUAGACUAGUGUGGAGAACAGUGUUUGUGAUGAUCACCACUGUCAUAUCAAUGUUGCUCCCAUUCUUCAAUGACAUUGUGGGAGUUAUGGGGGCUUUUGGGUUUUGGCCCUUGAACGUCUAUUUUCCUGUGAAGAUGUAUAUUUCACAGAAGAACAUCGCAAAAUGGAGUGGCAAGUGGAUUUGUCUUCAAUUGCUUAGCUUGACCUGCCUUUUACUAUCAGUCGUGGCUGUUACUGGCUCCGUGGCUGGUGUCUUGCUUGAUCUUAAGAAAUACAAACCGUUUAAGUCUGAUUAUUAGUAAGUUUCUUCCGUGCUGGUACAGUAAUAUGAUAUGUGGCUUGUUUGGGAAACCAGAGAGAGGGGAAAGAACCAUGUUUUGUUUGAGUAUGUUUAUUACUGGGGAAUGGGGAAUGUCCCAGUGAUUAAUAUCUGCCACAUGAUGGUUGUUUUAUUGGGUUAUGGGAUUCCACGUGCCGUUUUCCGCUUCUUCAACAUCCUUGGGUCUAGACAGAACUUUCAAACUUCUGCUCCAUGCAUGCUAAAAGGUCGUUGUCCUGUAGUUUGUUUUGUUCAAUAAAUGCAACUUCUUUUUUCCUUUGCGCUAACAAUAAAUGAAGCUGAAUUUACCUGUUUUGGCA